GGGGAAAAGAACCUUCUUCUCUCUUUUCAUGUUUCUUCCUGAAUCCUGUAGGUUUGAUUUCUCUUUCCUGUUGAUCUCAAUGUUUGGAUUUGGAAACAAAUGGUAAAGUGAGCGAUCGGUCUGGAUUUGGAUUUAGAAAGGGAUUUGUCUGUGGAUAUCAAACGGUUUGAGUAUUGAAAAGUGAUGAUCGAGGAGAUGAUGACACAUCAAAAGAAAAUUAGCACUUCAUCCAAGUUUCUGAAUUCAUCCACUGCAUUCAAAAGAUGGGGUAGGAAAUCCCCCUUCAUCAGAUAUGGGCUUCCGAUGAUUUCACUUACUGUUUUUGGAGCUCUUGGCCUUGGACAUAUGUUACAAGGCAGCAAGGAUAUUGCCAAGGUGAAAGAUGAUCAAGAAUGGGAGAUAAUCGAAGCCAGAAAAGCGCUGUCCAGAACUGGGCCGCUAGAUGCAUACAAGCCAAAGAACUUAUCCCUUGAAGAGGAGCUGAAGGCUUUACAAAAGAAGGUUGACAUAAAUGAUUUCGAGUAUAAGAAGAUACCAAAUCUUAAUGAAGGGAAGUGAAUAGAUUUGGAAACAUUCACCAAAAAAGAUGCCAAUGAAAAAUUUGUAAGAGUCAGUCAUGAUUUCCGAUCUUAUAUUUUUGUAGGAUGUAACAUUGAAUGAUGCUUUCUUAUCCAUAGUCCUGUCUUUGAAGAUCUCACUAAUAAAUCAAUUUUUCAUG